GGCCUGUAUUACCACCUCCUGAUAAAGUUCUGGAUAUAACUUAUCAGCACGAUAGCUCUAAAAUCCGUAUUACGACCUGCUGAUAUCGCCUAUCUACCUGACAAAGUUCCUGAUAAGUUGUCAGGUACUUCGACUACCUGAUAUAUCCCUAUCAGCAAGUUAAAAGAAGUAGCUGAUGACAAUGGCGGCACGUAGGAGACGUAUUAUUAUUGAUAGCGAUUCCGAUGAUGAAUUAUUUUUGGAUGACAUGCUUCAGCAUGUAAGAAGCGCAAAGAAAAUUAGAGAUCGACCCGAUAAUCUUGAAGAAUGGAGUGAAGAGGAGUUCUUUAUGCGCUUCAGGAUAACCAAGCAAACAACACGCCAUUUGAUGAUUGAAAUCAACGACUUUAUUAAAUUCCGCACCGACAGAAAUUCUGCAAUAUCACCCACCAACCAACUUCUGCUGACGUUACGCUACUAUGCGACAGGCGGAACACUCACUUCUGUGGGAGAUUUUGCUGGGGUACAUAAGACCACAGCUGGUAGGGUGGUCAAACGCGUUAGUGAGGCAAUUGCGUUUCUGCGACCCCAGUAUAUUAAGUUGCCGCAGACAGAAGAAGAAAUAGAGCAAGCACAAGUGAGUUUCUUCCAAAUAGCAGCUUUUCCCAGAGUUGUUGGGUCCAUGGAUUGCACACAUGUCAAAGUGAAAUCUCCAGGUGGUGACAUGCCUGAAGAAUUCAGAAACAGGAAAGGUUACUUUUCCAUAAAUGUUCAGACGGUAUGCGACUCAAAACUUAAAAUAAGGGACAUUGUAGCACGUUGGCCAGGGUCAACACAUGAUGUUACCAUUUUUAAUAAUAGUGUGUUGAAGGCAAGGCUUGAGAGAGGAGAUUUCAGAAAUGGUGUAAUCAUCUGUGAUUCUGGUUAUGGCCCCAGCUUACAUCUCCUUCCUCCUUUUCGAAAUCCCCGUACUCCUGCUGAAAAUCUCUACAAUGAAGCUCUGAUUAGAACGAGAAAUACAGUGGAAAGACAGUACGGAGUGUUGAAAGCUCGCUUUCCUGUACUUGCACUAGGCAUACAGUUACAACUUGAAAAUGUUCAAGCUGUAAUUGUAGCAUGUGCAGUGCUACAUAACAUUGCCAUUGACAGUAAUGAACCUGAACCACCAGUUGACCUUGCUGUUCAAGCAAGGGUUAUCCGAGCCAUUGAGGAUGGGGAUAUACCUUUGCUUCAAGAAGUUGGUGGUCCGGAAGCUGCAAGGCAGACAUUUGUUCAAUAUUUUGAAGGUCUGAGAUGAGCUUUUGUUAUUAUGUUGAAGAGCAGUGCACACCAUAUUGCAUUUUGUACUAGGUUAGCUACAGUUAAUAGUGUUCAGUUUUAUAAUUCUUGAUUUGCAUGGAAUAUUUUCUUCCAUAGAUUUUUUUUUCACUUACUGUAGUCUGUUUUGAAACAAUUGCUGUAAAAUUUAGUCAUCCAGUCUUAAGUAACUUCAUUGUUAAAGUUAAUUGCACACUUUAAAACGGUGCUACUUUAAUUUUAGAAGGCUGUUUUAUUGGUUUGCCUGCAAAGUAUGUUGCUGAACUUCAGGUAAUAUAAGCAUUUAUUUUUGUCAAUGAAAAUUGUAAUUUUCCACCCAAUCUUAUCUCAGGACCAUAUUACAGUCUAUCAGUUGUAUGAUAUUUUUGUUAAAUGUGAGGCAUGGGUGUCAGCUGGCUUAUUUAAAUAAAAUGUAGCCACUACUUCAACUUUUUAACCUUAUAAAAAAUUGCUGUAUGAACUUAAAUAAAUUAUAAUUUUGUUAAAGAUCAGACCAGUGGCAGUGAGAAAAGUUCUAGUGCACCAUCAAUCAUCCAUAAGCUAAGUUUUGUUAGUUAAAUUUUUGUAUUAGACACCGUGAUAUUUAUUUCAAACUUUUUCGAACUGUGGAAGGUGGAAUAUUGUAGAUUCAUUUCCAUGUUGUUAAAUACACAUGUUCUUACACAACAUGAAGUCAUUGUAUUCCCACACUCUUUAUAUUUGCAUACAUAAGUUUAUGUAUUCAGGUAGCUAUUUAAGUUUUGUUUUGAUAUACCUAGAUAACUGCAGUUAAUAACUGAACAAUUAAGACUGUUCUGUACCAUGUAGAAUUUGUGAAACAAAUCUUUUAUGUCAAUUGCUAUUUAACGUAUCUAGUAAGCAGCAUAAUUUGUUAAUGUGUUAAGUUAUUGUUGUAAUAAUGUUUCUUUUCUUGCAGUGCAUCAAUUUUUGUGGGUACAAUACCUUUGAACAGUUGGAAAACUUGUGAACCUCCCAUUUCUGAUUGCAAGUAAUAGUACAUUUUGAAGCCACUAGUAGAAAGUAUUAGCAUCCAAAGUAAAUUUUUCACCUUUUAAAAGUUGUAAAAAGAAAGAUUGCUAUGGGGACAUAAGCAAAUCAACCGAUAUUAAAUUAAUGCCAUAACAGCAAUAUUUAUGUAAGUGUUAUUCAAAUUAGGCUAUGUAACAACCAAAAAUUUUAUCUGGAUUUGAUAUGCUUCCUCUGCCACAAAUUUCAGUUAUGUCAGAAUUUCGACAAAGUAAAACCAAACUUCAUUUUUCUGUAUUUCAGAAAUCUCUAGAAGUUCAUAUUUUUUGUGCUUUGUUCGUGUGAUGGUAACUUGUGUUCUAUGAAUGUGACAUUAAUUAUAAAUUACCUUGUGUUAACUAGUUGGUAUCACAUUGGACAUUGAUUUGUUUUUGCAUUUGUUCCAUGUUACCAUAACUACUUUAAAAAAUAUUUUAAAUUUUAUUCCUGAUGUAAAGCAUACUAUAAAUGAGUUUGUGAUAUUUAUUAUGUGCAAAUCAAUUACCUAAGUAGAGAAAAUAUAUACUUUAACAAUCUAUUUAUUAUGUUAUUAUAUUGUGAAUAAUGGUUAUGUUGGCUAGUAAGAAAUGAUAUUGUCCCAUUUCAAGGUUGAGUUGUGUUUUUAAUGUGAUGAUAUUGUAGAUUUAAUUUCAUUGUAAUUAAUGUAUUUUGUAUGAUUUAUUUUCAUGUGUAUGGUAAAAGUCAUAUCAAAACUCAAAAUUUCUAUACCUGCAUGUUUUGGCUUUGUUUAAAAUGAGACUGUUAUGAAAGUUAUACAUCUUAUGCUCCAUGGUUAUUGUGCAGAAAAAUUCAACAGACCUUCUCAAAAGGCAUUUAUCAAAUCUUAUAGAUGCAGGAGUUCAUGUCUUGUUAACAUCAGACUUUUAAUUUACAUAAUGCUUUUGGUAAAAUAACCUAUUAGAAAAAAUAUUGGAUUAAUAAAUAUUUGGAUCAGCAAACAUGUACACCACGACAGUUAAAUGUGUAUACAAUAGCUACUUUCCGCCUCGUCAGGGGUGUAUGUGUGUUAGUGAGGCGGGAUGAUAAGCGCGACGCUCGAUGGUAUUUCUAGCGCGGUAUCGCCUCUAAGCGCAAGGCUCUGAACUGGCGCGCAGUCUUCUCUUCGUCAAUUGAUAACUGUGAAAUUUGUGCGGUGACCGUAUUUUUAUAUUACGGGGAAAUGAAGAUAAAGGUGUAAUGCAAGCCCCUUAAGUGCUUUCAAGAAUCUGUACCACUUGUUUUACACCUAAAAAUUACUCUGAAAACAUGCGUUUCAGCCAUUUUAACUCUUCUAGAAAUACAGUUUAAAAACAUUAUCCAAAACUAAAAGUACUUUUCGGGCCUCAGCGAACUCUUAAAUGCUAUUCGUAAAUAGGCCCCACUCGGAUAUCUUGAGUAGUUUUGAAAUCGCGUUGUUUUUCCUGAAGCUCUGCAUACCGUGUGUGUGACCAGGUAGGCGGGCCCCUUAACAGUCCAAUUAACAGAAAUCCAAGAGAAGCAAGUGUAAAUGCAUAGGAAAAUUUACACAUUGUGUUUAGGUCACCACACUUCUACUUGCAUCUAUUUCAUCCAAUGUGGUAGUAAGGAAGAUAAAAAUAAAGUGCACUUAUAACCUUAUAUUUUAAUUGAUAAACAAAAUAUUUACAUAAAUAAAGUUUAUAAUGUUUUGUUACAUAAAAAAAUUAAACAAAAGAGAUGUUAAGCACCAAUUGUAGUUUUUGUUUUAUUUUUUCAAAACAGAAUGCUGCACAGACGAAGCCAAUCACUUUCAAAUUUUUUCUCACUCAUUCAACUCGUACAUCUGUCAGUCAAGAAUUGCUCGCACCUCGGGCGAUGAAAAUAAACGCAAAAUAACAUAGGUUAAGCCCUUCAGUAACAUUAUACUGUAAGUGCACGAAAUCAGUGCAGCCUCAAACCUGGCCGCACCCAGCGAAAACGAAUUUUGCCAUGAGCCAAACGCUGACGUCGGUAGCCGCAAUUUUUAGUUAAAUGUCCAAAAAAAAAAAAAGAUUAAUUUAUUAUCUUUGGCAUGGCUCUCGCUACCGACGUUAAAUUUGCCCUCCUUAAAAUCUCUACAUCUUGGGUAACGCGCCCUCCUGGUGCAGCGAUCGACAGAUGACUGGUGAAGUCAUGGCACUGGUUCCUUCACGCAGGAAAGGCAGUCACAUGACCUCACCGACCUAUCACAUACACUCUUCAUUCACACUUACAAUUACAAGCCAAUCAGAACACAGAACAUAUACACUGAAAACCAUUUUAACACAUAGAAACAGGGGAUUCACUUUCUCCUACUCUCUCCAACAUCAUCGGAGAGUAGUUCUCUCCGAGUUCCCACGCAGUGACAAGAUAUUGUUACAGUCUCUCUCUUACUGGGGAAUUACCGUUUCUAUCUCACUCACACUCGUAGGUCCCAUAUACCUGUCUCUUUCUAUUACAUCCCACACAAAGUCCAUUGUUUUAGAAUAUUAUGUAACACGUUAAUGAAAGUUAAAAAAAACAACAGUCCUAAUACAAAUUACUUAACAAAAUUAAACUUAUUUAGAAAAAACCUGAAAAAGUAGGCCAAAACAGGUAAACAUCUAGUACGACUUAUUUGUGAACAAUUACAUAAUUAAUAGUAAUGAUUGAAAAUGUCUGUUAAAAUACAAAGUACAGUAUUAAAACACACAGCAAGUGCAAAUAUCAACCCUUAAAUACAUAAAACCGGUAAAAUAUUCUUGGAGAGACUUUUUUAAGAAAUGUUUACAGGCAUGAAAACAAUUUAAAAGAAAAAUAUUUUGCUAGGAGGGCAGGGGUCUUGCAACGUUACAAGUUGAAUUAAUUUUACAUGUUUGAAAAGGGAAUGUAAACUGAAGAUGGUCACUGUAUGAACAGUAGAAAAUAAAAUUAACACUUAUGCUUGUCUUCCAUUUCCUGUAAAGUUUUUUUCCUUAUCAUAAUGUCCAACUCAAGUUUCUCUAAUACUUUCUUUUUUAUCUCCAUUUCAAUUUUGUGAAGCUUCUCCUCCCUCUCUUCUCUGGCCUCAAACUCUUUUCGGAGUAGCUCCUGCUGACAAAGCGCAAGGUUUCUUUUCUCCGUUGCCCAACCGCUGAGCCGCUCCCCAUUCAUUGAUAAUGGCCGGUCAUGGAAUGCAGGCCGUUUCCUCUGCAUACUUCUUGACGCUAAGAAAACAAAUCAGUCGUGUUUAAUAGCCUAAAAUCUUCAGCAUUCACAGGUGUUGUUGGAACUUUGAAUUAAUUAGAUGAUGUAAAUUUCAAGUAAUAUUUUAAAAGUCAAGAAAAACUGUUGAUAAUGUACCAGGAAAAUAGGCCAAAAAAUAAUUUGCUUUAAAAUGUAUUGGUUAGAGCAAACCAUUGCAGCAUAGAGUAAUAAUUUAGUAAUAAUUUUUGACAUAAAUUAACUUUAACUAAGUCUUUAAAAAGUAGCACUAAUGCAGUGAUUUAUAUUUAGGAAUAAAAUAAGAGUGGGUUAGAGAGUAAACAAAAAAAUACUAAUGUAAAAUUUUUUAAGAAAUCUUGAAAUAUUAUAAACAUUGUCUAUAUUACAAUAAACAACCUUCUAUACAUACAUACAUUUUCAUGCAUCUGCGUGGAAAAAAGUGUUGCUGGCCAGGCAAGCUUCCCCAGACAGUGCACUGUAAUGUGGUUUGUGAUAAAUUAAAGUUUCUCUAUAUUAUAUAACAUAUCACUAGCCCUAUAUGACCAGUAUCAACUAUCUGAACAUACAAAUAAAGUUUCCCUUCAUUAAAUCCACAUUCUGCACACGGUUUUUGGUAUAUUUAUGAAAAAAAAUGUUCUAUAUUUAUCCUUAAUUGAUUUGGUUUCAAGGUGAUUUAAACAACUUUUUGGUAAAAAUCUAACCAGUAAAGGCCUACAUUUAUGAACUGACAUAAUUUUUCAUAUGAAUUAAAACCAGUAUUAAGAUUUGGUUACUUUCGAAAUAGCUGUGUAAAACAUUGUUUACUUUAUUUAAGGGUAGAGUAUGUGAAUAAAAAAUAAUUAAAGAUAAAAAAAGUGACCCGAAACUAAUAAUUCCAGGCUACAUAAAUUUGAUUUCUUAAUAAUGUAUCAUAAACUGAAGGAAUAGAAUAUUUGGAAAAAGAAUGUAAUUUGUUUAAAUGUCCAAUCUUUUUCCAAUAUGUACUAUUUAUUUUGGUUUAUGUUGUUUUCUUGUUUUGUAUUUUGUGUUCAUAGAGGCCAAACUAGACAUAAUUUGCAUACACUAUUACUUUUUAACAUACAUUCACAAAUCCCACUACUACACAAACUGAAACAUCUGAAGAGAAUUGAACCAACACAAAAUAUUUAAGCCUUAAAAGAAAAAAUCUACCCUUUACACAAUAAA